GACGGCAGCGCGAAUGUGUCGAUUUAAUGCAACUAAGUAAAUGAAGUUCCAAGUCGCCAGUUAACUUAGUAACUAUUCAGGAUUCUGAAGAAAAUGGAUACGCGGGUAUCAGAGCUUUUUGGGACAGGUUCCGCAUGCAAGUCAAGCUCCCAAGGUGGAGGAUCCUGUUCAAAUAACGGACUUGGAGUAGCUUCGAAAAAAUCUAAUUCAAAGAAUGGUAAAAAAGCAAAGGGCCGAUCAACUCGACAUUCUAAACCCAGCAAUAAUCCGCCAUAUCUACCUCCGGAGGCUGAAGAGGGAAACAUAGAGUACAAGCUGAAGCUGGUGAACCCUACGCAGUACCGCUUUGAGCAUCUAGCAACGCAGAUGAAAUGGAGGUUACAGGAGGGCAGGGGCGAGGCAGUGUACCAGAUCGGUGUGGAAGACAACGGACUGCUAGUGGGACUGUCAGAGGAGGACAUGAGGGCUUCUCUGAAGACGCUCCAAAGAAUGGCUGAGAGGGUGGGUGCGGAUAUUACCGUUCUCCGAGAGCGAGAGGUGGACUAUGAUUCAGACAUCCCACGCAAAAUCGCAGAAGUCCUUGUCAGGAAAGUACCAGAUGAUCAGCAGUUCCUGGACCUGCGGGUAGCCGUGCUCGGUAAUGUGGACUCUGGAAAGUCCACUCUGCUGGGCGUGCUUACUCAAGGGGAGCUGGACAACGGCCGGGGGAGAGCACGCCUCAACCUCUUCAGACACCUACACGAGAUCCAGUCAGGGAGAACCUCCAGUAUCAGCUUUGAGAUCCUGGGCUUCAACAGCAAAGGGGAGGUAGUGAAUUACAGCGAGUCACGAACGGCAGAGGAAAUCUGUGAGAGUGCCUCGAAAAUGAUCACCUUCAUUGAUUUGGCGGGUCACCACAAAUAUCUAAAGACUACCAUCUUUGGCCUUACCAGUUACUGCCCAGACUUUGCCAUGUUGGUUGUCAGCGCAAACACUGGCAUCGUGGGGACAACACGGGAGCACCUGGGCUUAGCCAUGGCGUUGAAGGUCCCCAUCUUCAUAGUGGUGAGCAAAGUGGACCUGUGCACCAAGAGCACGGUGGAACGCACGGUCCGUCAGCUGGAGCGCACCCUCAAACAGCCCGGCUGCAAUAAAGUGCCCAUGCUGGUGUCCAAUGCCGACGACGCGGUCACAGCAGCCCAGCAGUUCGCUCAGUCUCCCAGCAUCACGCCGAUCUUUACACUGUCUAGUGUAUCAGGAGAGAGUCUAGAACUGCUCAAGGUUUUUUUCAACAUCCUACCUCCUCUUAGCAACAGCAAGGAACAGGAGGAGUUAAUGCAGCAGCUGACUGAGUUCCAGGUGGAUGAGAUUUACACAGUGCCAGAUGUGGGAACUGUCGUAGGAGGAACUCUGUACAGUGGUAUCUGCCGUGAGGGGGAGCAGCUGGUGGUAGGCCCCACAGAUGACGGACAGUUCCGGGAGCUGACCGUAUGUAGUAUCCAGAGGAACCGGUCUGCCUGCAGGGUGCUUCGUGCGGGACAAGCCGCUACUCUGGCGCUGGGGGAAUUCGACCGUUCAUUUUUACGAAAAGGCAUGGUUAUGGUCAGCCCAGAGAUGAACCCUACCAUCUGCUGGGUGUUUGAGGCUGAGAUUGUGCUGCUCUUCCAUGCUAAGACCUUCCACAAGGGCUUUCAGGUGACCGUCCAUGUGGGCAACGUGAGACAGACCGCCACCGUGGAAGCUCUGUAUGGGAAGGAGGAGCUGCGUACAGGUGAAAAAGCCGUUGCACGCUUUAAGUUCAUCAAACACCCAGAGUAUCUGAAGGUCGGGGCCAAGCUGCUCUUCAGAGAGGGAGUCACCAAAGGCAUUGGCCAGGUUACCAAACUACAACCUGUCUUCAUGUAACUGCACCACCCCGAAAGUCCCAACCAGCUCAGAGGAACCUCAGCAAAAAAAACAACAACAACAACAAAAAAAUGCAAAAUCCCUUCAGGCAUCUUCAGAUUCCUCAUAUCCUCUCUGGCUUCCACCUCACCUUCACUCCUCACACAUGGUUGACUGUUUUCCUUUACUUCACUCUUUUUCUCUCACCAAAGCCUUCUCUCAGAAACCU